AUGGACGACCCAAAGGCCAUCGUCUACGGUUUUGCUGGCGCUGUCGGUAUUUAUGCCCUCUUGAAGGCCUUUUCGGGGCCUGAUCUCAGCGCAAUACCUGCUUUGGGGUCGACCAAUGCCAUCCUGUCCUUCCGAGAGGUCUUCCGGUACUUGUUCGGAGCGAAAGAGUUGUGCACAGAAGGGUACAAGAAAUACCCUCGCGGCAUGUUCAAGAUCCCUGCUAUCGACCGCUGGAACGUUAUGAUCACUGGACACGAUCUUAUGGAGGAGAUCGCUACCGCGCCGGAGAAUGAACUGUCUUUUUACGAGUCUAUCAACGAGUUUUUGCAAACGGGCUAUACGUGUGGCUGGGGAAUAGUCAAGGACACGUACCAUGCUGGCGUUGUUCGAACAUCAGUUACGCGCAAUCUCAGCGUCCUAUUCCCUGAAGUCCGCGACGAGAUCGUGACCGCCUUCGACGACGUGCUUCCUUUUCAAGGGAAAGAAUGGCUCACUAUUCCCGCGUUCGACACAAUGAUGCAGAUCGUUUGUAGAACAAGCAAUCGUCUCUUUGUUGGGCUGCCGUUAUGCAGAGACCCCGACUUUACCAAGCUCAACGUGGAAUAUGCGAUGGACGUUAUCAUUGCUGGCCAAUUCAUCAAUGUUCUCCCCGCUUUCCUCCGACCAUACAUUGCACCCUUCUUGUCACCUCGGAACCGCAUACUGAAACGGGCAAGUAAACACUUGACACCCGUUGUCGAGGAGCGAUUCAGGAAGACGGAGGAACUGGGUGAAAAGUAUCCCGACCGACCCAAUGACCUCAUCACCUGGCUCAUGGACGAGGCUCGGGGAGACGAGCGGACUGUGCCUGCGCUGGUUCAGCGCGUUCUGUUCGUCAACUUCGCCGCGAUAAGAACCUCUACCGAUACGUUUACGCAUAUGGUAUAUGAUAUCGCAGCCCACCCAGAACACGUCGAACCGUUGCGCCAGGAGAUCAGCAGCAUCGUCACCAAUGAGGGGUGGACACGCGCUGCGCUCAACAAAAUGUACAAGGUGGACAGCUUCCUGGCCGAAUCUCAGCGAUUCCAUGGGAUCGGAACCCUUUCUAUGGGUCGUAAGGUGGUCAAAAAGGACGGCUUCACCUUCUCGAAUGGCACCACUCUUCCCUAUGGGACCUACAUUCACUCCCCGAUGUGGAGCAUCCACCAUGAUCCUGAAAUAUACCCUGACCCAAGCGUCUUCGAUGGCUUCCGAUUCUCUAAGAUGCGUCAAGCGACGGAAGAACCCGGAACCUCCAAAUACCAAGUCAUCACAACGAGCUUGGACUACCUGCCCUUUGGACACGGAAGACAUGCUUGUCCGGGGCGGUUCUUCGCAGCAGUCGAGCUUAAAGCAAUGUUGGCACAUCUCGUGCUCAACUAUGAUGUCCGAUUUGUCGACAACGGACCACGGCCGAAGAAUCAUUAUAUGGCAUCUGCUUGCUUGCCGGACAGCUUGGCGCAAGUCCAAAUACGGAAGAGAUAG